ACUACUGGAUCAAUGGAUAAAAGCAUGAAUGGAACAAGUUUCUUUUUUUUAGCAGCAAUUUAAACAACAACACCCAGUUUUUAAAGCACUCUGACAAAAAUCUGAUUCAGUCUGUUGCACCCGUCCAACAUUAAUUAAAGCCUGUUGUCAUAGUUAUUGUUUUAGAGGAGUUUGAAAUAUUUUCUAAAAUAUUAACGUAGGCGUUUUUCACAAAAUGUUAAAACCAAUCUAGACAAAGUGCAAAACAAAAUGUAAGCAUAUUGACUUGACAACAAAUACUGCACUACAGACUGCCGCAUUUAUAUCAAGCAAUUCGCCAGGCUGAAUUUAAUGUGGCUUGUUGGAGAGGUGGCAUAUGGUCAGAGAAGAAGCCACUAGAUUUCAGUGCAGAUCCUGACACUAUCUUGAAAAUUGCACAACAGGACACUAGCCUUUGUGAAGGAUUAGCUCUCAGUUUGAAAGCCCUUCCGCUUUCAAACUCAAUAGCACUUCUCUAUUUAUGAGUAUUAGGUCUCUGUGUAUAAAGCUAUAGUGUGUUUUGACUGUGGAGUAAAAUAUCCCACUCUCUUCAUGUUAGUUAACACUAUAGUAACAGUGCUGUGAAUGGGCCCCUUAAUUUUGAUGUUUUAUCAAAGCCUGAAAAAACAAACUGGUCAACAAGUGUUUUGCUACUGGGAUUCUUUUGCCUGCACUUUAACAAAUUCUACUUGCUAUUUUCCAAAUCUGAAAACUGUUUUCAUGUGGAAUGUCUCAUUUCCUUGUUUUAGUUAUAAUAUCGCAAGUAUUUGACAACUAGAGACAACUGGACUGAAAUGAUUUGGUUUCAAGAAAAGUGAAGCCAAAAUUAAGGAAGGUGUUUUUGUAUGUCCUGAAAUCCAUCAACUGGUGCUUGAGGAUGGGUUCAAAAGGAAGCAAGCAUGGGAAGCAUUCAUCCAGGUUGUUAAGAAUUUUCUAUUAUCCUGAUUUUGAGGAUAACAUGUUGAAAUGUACUAGAACGUCACUAAAGGUGCACUUGUUACAUUCUCAUCCUGACAAAAUCCAUGUGAUGUUGUCGGUAAAAAUCCUCCCUCUCUUUUUCAAUGCUUUCGCCUUUCAUAACUACAUGGGAAUCUGCCCGGCCCGGGACCCACCACCAGUCCCCUCUGAGUGCUUUCCCAAACCGCAGUCUCAAUACAUGCUCAUGCCAUGUGCCAUUACCCUGACAUAUGCCCCGUGGCAGCUGGGACAGGCUGGAUGGAUGGAUAUUAAAAUUGUCAUCAUCAGGGUAAAAAAAAAAAAAAAAGCAAAAUAAAGAGCUGGUCUUAAGUUCCCAGUAGCAAAAAGAAUGACGUAUAUAUGCAGACCAGUGUUAUAGCAGUAAACUGGGGCACUGAGAUGACAUUAUCCAUUACUCAGCACUUCUUUUGAUAACUAAUUGUUAUCAAAAGGCACUUUUUAACAUCAUUUGCUGAUUCCAGGCUAUACUGAUAUGGAAAUCUAAUGUAUAUGUUUCUUUUAAGAUUGUAACCACAAUAAUAUCUCAGGCUUAGGUCAGUGAUUGAACCUUACAUCUUUCAUGGAGGUGGGACUCAUUGCAGAGACUGUAUAGGCUAUUAGUACCUAAUAAAGUGGCAGCUAUGAGUGUGCAGACUUUUAGGAGCAGUGUAUUGAAAUAAACGAACCUAUUCCCUACAUUAAAUUUUGGAUAACCUGAGCUGCUAAACUAUCAGGAGCUAGGUAAUUAGGCAUUCAUAACACACCUGUUCUACAUAAACCAGGCCUGCGCUAAGAGGGGGAAAAGGCUGAAAUAACGACCGACAAGAAACACAGCUAGCAAGAGAAACGUUGUUACUAACAGCUGGAAAUGUAUGAAUGGGCCUAAAAGAACUAUAACAACAGCUGGAUCAGACCAAGUGGCACUACUAGUAGAACAAGAUACCUCACUUCGGUGCUCUAAUGCAGCCAAGGCAAUGCUGACAUCUCCUCUGAAUCCAAAGGCAUCAUCAUGCUGAAAACGGAGGCCUCGGGGGAGAGGACCAGCCUCCGGAGUGCCUCCCCCCACCGUAACGCCUACCGGGCUGAGUUUCAGGCACUCAAGAAGGCCUUUGACCAGCCUCGGCUCGAUGGAGACUCAAAGCCCAAAGACCUCGAGCGGGUGAAACAACCGAGGGGACGCCAGUAUGGCACACACGUCAGUCGCAUUAAGGACAUGUUCAUGCAAAUGGGGUCAGAGAAUGCAGCUGCUAAGACUAGGGGUCGUGAUGAAUCCUCACCACAAAAGCUGGUGAAGCCCACAAACUUCGUCAAUAAGGCUGAUGGAUCAGUGAUAAAACUUCAGCAUUCCUCAUCAGCAGAAAGGAUUGGAGGUGCCGGGGCAAAGUUUUCCGAAACCAGAAAGCUAUUUGAACAACAGUCACGCGACCAGUCCCAAUCACCAGUCUUUCCCUACGGCCGUGAUAAAAGGGGUUCCCAUGAGCACCUCGAUGACUGGCGAGGGGCGAGGUCCAACAGAGGCAGUACAGACUCCUUGGAUUCUCUGUGCUCCAGAACGGAGGCAUCCUCACCAACUGUCAGCCAACUCAGUGCUGUUUUUGAAAACGCUGACCACCACAACCAGGGGGUUUCAUACAGAGGAGUCAGCAGACGAGCCCUCUACUCACCUGACGGAUUCCAGCGCCAUGGCGGAGAUGUCAGUGAGGAUGAUUCUCUUCGACAAUCUCCAGUUCGUGGAACCUACCGGAACAGGAUAGGGGGCAAGUUACCCACAUCCUCGUCUUCGGAGGACCUCCUGAGCCCGAGUCCUGGAGUAGAGAUUUCAGAGCGCAAACAAGAUGCCUCUCAAAAGGAAGAAACCCAAGACAAAGCUGGAGAGGCUACAGCGGGAGAAGGACAGCGUUUUUCUGGUGCUUCCACCAAUGGAAACCAGAUUAAUGGUUCUUGUGAAGAAGAGGAGAAACCGCAGGACACAACAAAACAAACUGAGGAUCUAGGAACCUCCAAAUCCUCAAAACCUACACAUGGUGCUGUAAUUACAAACAAAGCUUUAGAGGAUACCACUCCCGAGUUGCUGCCGACCACCAGGGAAAGCCAAGAGGACAGAGAUGCUUCAAAGGAAGAAAAAUCUUCCAAGGACCAGCUGGACGAGCCUGAUGAGGAAUACACUGGGAAUGAGCGGGUGAUUUUUAACGCAGAUGGGGACGCCUGUUACCAGGGUUGGGGGGAAAGUUGCACAGAUCCCGAGGAUGACCUCUACGGUGACGAUGACGAGGACAUCGUCUACGACCCGGGGUCCGAUCUGACAGAGAUUCCUGGUCUGGCGGAAGAAAACAAAGAGGACAUCCCUCCGAAGAGGAAGAUUCGCUUCAGCAGUGCUCCUAUUACAGUGUUUAACACCUACUCCAAUGAAGACUAUGACCGACGUAAUGAGGAGGUGGAUCCCGUGGCCUCCUCUGCUGAGUAUGAGCUGGAGAAGAGGGUGGAGAAACUGGAGCUCUUCCCUGUGGAGCUAGAGAAAGAUGAAGACGGCCUGGGGAUCAGUAUCAUCGGGAUGGGUGUUGGUGCUGAUGCAGGCCUGGAGAAACUGGGCAUCUUUGUUAAGACUGUCAUUGAGGGUGGAGCUGCGGAGAGAGAUAGCAGAAUCAAAGUGAAUGACCAGAUCGUGGAGGUGGAUGGGACCAGUUUGGUGGGCGUCACUCAGAGCUUUGCUGCCUCAGUCCUCAGGAACACAUCAGGAGUCGUCCGGUUUGUGAUCGGCCGGGAGCGUCCAGGUCAGCAGAGUGAGGUGGCCACGCUCAUCCAGCAGACCCUGGAGCAGGAAAGGAGACAGAGAGAACUACUAGAGCAGCAGUACGCCCACUAUGACGCCGAUGAUGAUGAGCAGACGGGAGAAUACGCCACAGACGAGGAGGAGGCAGGAACAACAGUGGCGGGAGGAGAGAAGAGCAUCGAAGUGUUUGACUUACCGGAGUCGGAGGAUAUCUUGUCUCCGUCGGAGCUGGACGCCACUAAACUCUACCAGAAGUUCAGAGAGCUCCAAAUCAAACACACGGUGACCGAGGCCGAGAUCCAGAAACUGAAAAACAAGCUGGCAUCAGUGGAGCGGGAAAAGCAGCGCUGGGAGAAGGAGAAGAGCCAGCUGAAGGCCAGCAUCGAGGAGAACAAGGAAAGGAUGUUGAAGCUGGAGAGCUACUGGAUCGAGGCACAGACGCUCUGCCACACCGUCAAUGAACACCUGAAGGAGGCCCAGGCCCAGUACCAGGCUCUGGAGAAGAAGUACAACAAAGCCAAGAAGCUCAUCAAAGACUUCCAGCAGAAAGAGGUGGAGUUCAUCCAGAAGGAGGAUGCAGAGAGGAGGCGGCUGGAGGAGGCUGAGAAAGCUCACCUGGCUGAGAUCCAGGGACUGCAAGUCAGGAUUGCAACCUUAGAGUCGGAGCUAAUGCAGCUGAUGAAGCAGAACGGUAUCCAGGUCAACAACAACAACAGCAGCAGUUCUGAGAGGCUCAGCGCUCAACAGCACAGCCCAAGCCGAGCUGCAACACAAGCCAGAGACACGAAGGAGGGCUCUCCCCACUCACCCAGCAAAAUAAAGGGCUACGGAGGAGUUCCCAGAGACAGCAUCUGCUCCACAGAAGAGAUCUCUGAAGGUCGUGGAAGUCAAUCCCACAGCCACUCUGGUCCGUUUCGUAGUGUGGCCUCUUGCGAUGGAGGAGUUCCAGCACUUAGGGUCCAGGCCAGUGCAGAGGGCUCCCCCAGAAAAACACUCCACGGUUCUCAGUCUCCGAGCCCCUCUCAGAGUUUGGAGGAGCAGAGACCAGCUCUGGACCCUGGGAAAACCAAAGUGAAGGACAAAGAUCCCAGAGCUUCACCUGGAAACAGCUCCACAGAGCCGUCAGCAGAGAACAGUCCAGAGUACCUCAAGGCAAAGGCACCCACUUUGUGCGAUGAUCUGAGUGCCAGCAGCAGCAGCUCAGUAGAGAUCAGCGGUCUGCUCAGUGAAGCCAAGAUGUCAGGACGCUCACACACGCUGGUGCUGUCCUCAGAUGAGAGUCUGGAUAUGAUAGAUGAUGAGAUGCUAGACGAGGGGCAGUUUUCAAAGCAGUACCAGUGGCAGAACCGCAGCAUUACCGAAUGGACUUCACAGCAAGUGGCCCACUGGCUUAUGGGCCUAAACUUAGAACACCAUAUUCCAGAAUUCACUGCCAAAAAUAUAGAUGGAGUGCAGCUGCUUCAGCUGAAUAGUGCUGAGCUCAAGGCUCUUGGGGUCACUUCUUCCCAGGAUCGAACACUGAUCAAGAAGAAGAUCAAAGACCUUAAAGUUAUGAUGGAAAAGGCCAAGAGGAACCAAGAAAAGAUGGAGAAACAGCGCGAAAAGCUGCGGAAGAGAGAGCUGGAGCAGCAGCAGAAAGAUGCACGUAAAGAAAGUGCGGCGGAGUGAAACGAGCCCCCAGAUUACCUCCCGCUUUACUGUAGCACCACAUCAAGUAGCAUCUCGCAGAACAGAACGUCAGCAGGCCCCACAAACGAACCCCGAGGGACGCCCGCUCAGUAGUUCAGUAGUUCUGAAAGGUGGAGCUCCACACCCAGCUGCCAGUUGUUGUUGAGUGACCUUUUCACCAACCAAACGAAACCAAAAGGAUCAGUUGGAUAACAGAAUGGUGCCCUUCAUUUGCCUCAUUUUACACCCAUCCUGUGUUUUUAGCCAGAAUUUAUGGAUUCUGUUUUGCUGUUUAUAGCUGUAAAUUGGUUUUAUUUAUUCAUAUCCAGAGUGCGCCUGUGAAAAGUUUAUCUCUGUAACCUACCACAUCAUCUCCAGAGACUUCUCUUACCCAUCAUAGCACCUUUAGACAUAGACAUGUACAUGUACAGUGAUAAAUAAGGAUGUAGAUGAUGUGCCAUUUCAAUAGACUUAUGUAUAUCCUGCUCAAAUCUAAAGAUCAGCGGAAUCUCUUUAUGGCUUUUACGAAGCACAUACAGUUCAGGUCUUUGUGUUGGAUUACAUGAGGCAGUGUUCAUCUCCCACCACCAGGUGUCCCCAUGCUGCUUACUUUCACUACUGAAUAAGGCAACACUGGAACUUCCCUAAAGGAAUUGAACUGGAAAUUAAAGAUUCGCCGGGAGAAACGAGCGCUUUGAUUUCUUGUAAGAACACUGGAAGUGCAACCACUGUAAAUUUGACCUGCGUACUGGCUUACAGUGCCCCUUACCGUAUACAUGUACCAUACUCAAGCCGUUUAAAGUAUAAAUGAUGAAGACAUACUAAACUGACUGGACUUGUUCUAAUAGAGAUUUCAGGUACUGUGUAAUUAUUACAUUUGUAACUUACCUAACCCGAACCACAAAAAACAGAAAAGUUGCUAAAAAUGAAACUUCUUGCUUAAAUGCAUAAUGUUGCUUUGACUCCCCCUUGUAACCUGCUUUUGACCUCUUUUUAUAUUCUCUCAGUAACAAAGUAAUACCUGCCGCUGCCUUUAGAAAUUUCAGCUUAGUAGAAUUUUUCCAAACUCUGCCCUCUUCUGUGCAAGCGUCAGGACACAUACGAUAGACUAAACGACGUCCUCAUUCGUGUCAUUUUCUUAUCUCCGAUGCUUUGUCAUGCAGAUUUCUCUGGAAUGUCCUGAAAAUAACAUUUUGUAAUGCUGCCAUAAAGAUGCUUUGUGCGACACCUAAAGUGCAGAAACUGUCCUUAAAGAUGAUCUCACCUAAAACUUUGAUGUUACAGUGGAAUUGAACUUUACAGCCGGAAUAUAUUUUGGACUUUAUUCUGAAAUUGGUUCAUCAUUGUUGGAACGAUUUAUUUUAAGAUUUCAAAGCUCACCGAGAGACAUUUUGCCUGUGUUACUUCUUUAUCAUUCCCAGGAAUUAUUUUAUAGGUUUACAUUAAAUGUAGAAACACCACAGCCACCAUGAGAGAUAUGCAGGCAGCUGUGACGAUAUCUUUAUCUUAAUGACCCUGUCUGGUGUGCUGCUAACAGGCUGAGAAGAAUAGAUGGGGUAUCAGUGCGGGUAUACAUGAUAGUAGAUUGUGUUAUUAUUUAUUUAUUUCUGUAUUUAAUGAAGCAGUGUACUAUUGUUUAUGAUAACGAAAUAAGAGGAUUAUUAACAUUUAAUAAUUAUUUAUCCAGAAUUGUAUGAUUACCUACUUUUGCCAAACAUGAUCAGAAAGUGAUUUCAAUUCAAAUGGCUGUUAUCAAAUGAAGGAUUUAAAGGUCGAUAUUGCAACGAGAGAAAAAAGUCAGUAGUAUAGUCCCAUUGUGCUUGUGGUUUUCUUCUAAUACCACCAUAGUGCUGCUCCCGUGCUACUCUAAUAAACUGCUCAUGAUGUAUUCUCAUGAAAUGUUUUGUAACACUUGAAUCCUUCUAUUAAUACCCCUCCACACACACCCUGACAAACCAGUCAGCAGACUCUUUUGUAUGUAUAGUUAAACACUGAAAGCAAUAUGCUGUAAGAGUCCUAAAGAAGCCUUGUUUUGUAUUGUGUCAAUGUGGGUGCGCUGUUUUCCAGAGGGCUGAGGAUGCUUAAAGGUCAGACCUGAGCUAAAUACGGGAUUCCAGAUCUUUUCUAUGUGCUUGACCGAUCUUGCCAGGCGUGAUGAAACCAUCGUAUACAUGGGACCUCAGUGCUCCCGGCGGGCAGAGACACAGAUGAAUCAUGUCUGGAAGGUUUUUUUCUUUUUUAUGUAUGUAGGGAUAGCAAAAAGAUAUUUGCCACAAACUGCUAGCCAUGCUUUCACUUUUAAAAAAAGCUGUGCUUAUUCUCCUCCUCCUCCUUUUUUUUUGUCAUUGCCUUGCUGUCACAUUCUGAAAACUUUGAAAGGGCAGCUACCUGUCACACUGAAUAAAAUGUGCAGCCACUGUCCACAGUU